AUGGCGAUCGAUACUGCACAGUCGGAUGCCUCUGUCAUCCGGCAAGAUGCCUCACGCAAGAAUCCGUCGUUGGGAAAGCGCAUUCUGGGUCUGCUGUGGGAUUCUCUCGACGACAAGAGCCCCGAAGAGCAUCGCCUGGUUAGAAGGCUGGAUUCCUGCUACUUGAUCUGGGCCUGUUUCUACUACUUUGUCAUGUAUCUCGAUUCGACCAACAUUAGCAAUGCCUAUGUGAGUGGCAUGAAAGAGGAUCUCCGUCUGUACGGUAACGAAUUGAACUGGAUGACCACGUAUUGGACAAUUGGUUAUAUCCUUGGAACGCUGCCGUCGCAGUUUGUCCAGAUGCGGGUUCGACCCUCGCGCUGGCUUCCUCUCCUCGAGGUCAUUUGGGGCGGGUUGGUGAUGUGCAUGGCCGCCGCCCCCAAUGCCAAAACCAUCUACGCUAUUCGAUUCCUAGUCGGCAUCUGUGAGGCGUCCGCCUACCCUGGCAUGAUGACUCUCCUAGGCAACUGGUAUACGCCGCAAGAACUGGGGAAGCGAUCCGUUAUCUUUCAACAGAGCAGCGCUGCCGCGCAAAUGUUUAGCGGGUUCCUCCAAGCAGGAAUCUACAACGGAAUGAACGGCGCGGCUGGCCUCAAGGGGUGGCGGUGGUUAUUUAUCUUCGAUGGCAUCAUCUCGCUGCCCAUUGCCGUUCUGGGUUUCUGGCUGAUUCCAGAUGCGCCAGCCAACACGCGUGCCCUCUAUCUCAAGGAAGUAGAUCGAAAAGUUGCCCAGGCGCGGAUGGACAGGUACGGCCGUGCUAAAGCCAGUGGCAUCACCUGGCGAAAGCUCCGUGAUGUCCUCCUCCACUGGCCGAUGUGGGUGUUUGUCGUACCAUAUGUUUCGUACGUGUUAGCGCUGCACAUUGCCUCGUACAUGAAUCUCUGGCUCAAGGCAUUGAAUAUCUACUCCGUGGCCCAAGUCAACGUCAUCCCAUCAGGAGGCUAUGCGAUCGAGAUUGUGAUGGCCUUGGUCUAUGCGAUUGCCUCUGACGCCCUGGGCAUACGAUGGCCCAUUAUCAUGAUCGGAGCUGCCUUGGGUUUGCUGGGCGGGAUUCUGCUUGCAGUGUGGGAGAUCCCGUUUGGGCUGAAGUACUUUGCGUGGUUCCUGACCUUUGCCCCGGUGGGCACGGGCGCGCUGCUUUUCGCGUGGGGGAACGAACUCUGCGGACACAGCGCGGAAGAGCGGGCUAUCUUGUUGGGGUGGCUCAACACGAUGGGCUACGUCUUCAACGCCUGGGUGCCGCUUUAUGCUUAUCCUGCCAGCGAAGCUCCAAGAUAUAAAUCCGGCUACAAAGUCAACGCGGCAUUGUGGGGGAUCUAUCUGGUGGGAAUCCCUGUUAUCUUGUGGUUCUCGAAGCGGUUCCCUCCGAGCAGGUCCAAGCAACCGGACGCGGAGGCAGAGGUGGUGUAUAUCACCGACGAGAAAGAGAAGGAGACCAGAACCAAUAAUGCAACUGCGGAGACCACUACGGAGGUGAAACUAUAG